AUGCCACUCGAGUCAUGGACACAUUUUUGCUGCGGUAAUAAUAGGGCCUAUACCUAUAUUCCAGCCAACUGGACAGGUACAUGCAUAACUGCUUCCCUCCUGCCCGACAUAGAUAUUGUCUCAGGUGACCAACCUGUCCCAGUACUAGCACUUGAUUACAUUGCUGGCCGCCAAAAACGAGCAGUAACACUGAUCUUGCUUUUGGUGGGAAUGGGCGUCAUUGGCACUGUAGCCACGGGUACUGCUGGCUUCACCGUUGCCUUAGAUAAAUAUACUGACCUGUCCAAUCAGUUGUCUAAAGAUGUUCAAGCCUUAUCCUUUACCAUAAAAACUCUCCAAAACCAAUUAGACUCACUGGCAGAGGUUGUCUUACAAAACAGACAAGGGCUAGACCUGCUCACGGCAGAGGAGGGGGAAAUCUGUCUUGCCUUACAGGACAAAUGUUGCUUCUAUGUCAAUCAGUCCAGUGUUGUGAGAGCUCAGGGAGGAUGUGCACUGUUCAGAGUGGACCUCAGGAGCCACCGUCCGCACAGCCCAGCCCCGCCCUGCCCUUGCACAGACACGGAUGCAUCUGUGCGCUGCGCAUAUACUCUGCGCAAGCAACCUGCAGAGAAGGAUGGAGAAAACUGCAGCGUCCACUGGCAGGAGGGCUGGGCUGCCCCAGGACAGGGAUUUGGCCCUUUCUGGGGGGCCGGGGCUGGGGGAUGUGGGCUGCGUUCCUCUGCUCUGCGGAUUCUGUUGCUGCUUCCCAGGCUGCUCCUGCUGUUCCUGCUGCUGCACUGGGAGACCCACCCCUGGGCCGAGGUGGCCCAGUCGAGCUCCGCUGCAGCUGAGGUCAAGAAAUGAGAACAGCCCUGUCUCAAAGGAGGCCGCUGCGACCCUGGCACAGUACUCUGUCCAACUGGCUGGAUGGGCAUCCAUUGCCAGCACUGUGGGGGUCGCUUCAAACUAACUGGAUCUUCUGAGUUUGUAACAGAUGGACCCGGGAAUUAUAAACAUAAAACAAAAUGCACAUGGCUCAUUGAAGGACAGCCACAUAGAAUAAUGAGACUUCAUUUUGGUCAUUUCGCUUCAGAGUGUAGUUGGGAGUACGUUUAUGAUUGUGAUUCAAUUUAUGCACCUCUAAUUGCUGACUUUAGUGGUCUCAUUGUUCCCAAGAGACAGAGUAAUGAGACUGUCCCCGAGGUCCUUGCCACAUCGGGUUAUGUGCUGCUGCAGUUUUUUAGUGAUGCUGCCUAUAAUUUGACUGGGUUUAAUAUCACUUACAGUUUUGAUGUGUGUCCACAUAAUUGCUCAGGCUGAGGAGAGUUCCAUAACAGCAGCAACACUGUUGAGUGCAAAUGUUCUGAAAACUGGAAAGGUGAAUCGUGUGAAGUGCCUGACUGGUCAGAUAACUGUGGCUUUCCUCAUCAAGGCAUCUGCAAUUUAAGUAGUGUCAGAGGAUGCUCUUGCUUCUCUGAGUGGCAGGGUCCUGGGUGUUCCAUUCCUGUGUCAGCAAACCAGUCAUUUUGUACUCUAGACGAAUAUUCUAAUCGAAAGCUCCCCAGAGCAUCUCACAAACCUGUGGUCAAUGGAAACAUAAUGUGGAUUGUUGGGGGAUAUAUGUUAAACAACUCAGAUUACAACAUGGUUCUAGCCUAUGACCUUGUUCCUAGGAAGUGGCUUCCACUAAACCGCUCUGCAAAUGAUGUUAUUGUGAGAUACGGUCAUUUGUUAGCAUUAUAUAAAAAAAUUUACAUGUAUGGAGGAAAAAUUGAUGCAACAAGGAAUGUGACCAAUGAGUUGAGAGUGUUUCAUAUUUGUAAUGAGUCAUGGACAAUUGUGAUCCCAAAGACAAAGGAGCAGCGUGCAGUGGCUGGGCAUUCAGCACAUAUUGUUACAUUGAAAACUGGCUGAGCGGUCAUGCUGGUGAUCUUUGGUCACUGCCCUCUCUAUGGCUAUAUAAGCAAUGUGCAGGAAUAUGACUUGGAUAAGAUCACAUGAUGUGUAUUACACACUCAGAGUGCCCUUGUGCGAGGGAGCUAUGGGCACGGCAGUGUUUAUGAUCACAAAACCAAGGCCCUUUAUAUUCAUGGUGACUACAAGUCUUUGUUUUCUUUCAGAGCUGAUAAAUAUGGGCUGGCAGAUGAUGUCUACAGGUAUAAUGUGAAUACCCAGAGGUGGAUCAUUCUUAAGGGCAGCCAAUCUAUGCUUAACUUGCACACAGCUGUAAUAGUGAGUGGAGUCAUGCUUGUGUUUGGAGGAAAUACACACAAUGACACAUUUAUGAGCCGUGGGGGCAAAUGUUUUUCUUCAGAUUUCAUGGCUUAUGACAUUGCUUGUGACCAUUGGUCAGUACUUCCCAGACCUGAUCUCCACCGUGAUGUCAAUAGAUUUGGCCAUUCAGCAGUCUUACACAAUAGUGCCAUGUAUGCGUUUGGUGGUUUCAACCGUCUUCUCCUCAGUGACAUCUUGGUGUUCACCUCAGAACAGUGUGAGGCACACCGUGAAGCUGCUUGCAUAUCAGCAGGACCAGGUAUUCGGUGUGUAUGGGAUGGGAAAACAUCUCAAUGUGUCUCUUGGGAGCUGGAGACUGAAGAACAAGCUGAAAAAUUAAAAUUAGAAUGUUUUGCUGAAAUGACUCUUGACCAUGACAGGUGUAGCCAGAGCACAGAUUGUUACAGCUGCACAGCCAACACCAAAGACUGCCAUUGGUGCAAUGACUAUUGUCCUAGGGACCACAGCUGCACAGAAGGCCAAGUUCCCAUUUCCAAGUAUGAGAAUUGCCCUAAGAAUAACUCUGUGGAAUACUGGAACAAGAUCAACUGCAGGAACCAUGUCUUGGACCAAAACUUCCAGUGGCAACACAGGAAACAAAGGUGCACUGCACCGACUGAAAACACUUGUGGCAUUGGCUGGCAUUUAGUUGGAAACUCAUGUUUGAAAAUUACUACUGCCUAGAAUAAUUAUGAAAAUGCUACAUUGCUUUGCAACAAUCACAGUGCCUUUUUGGCUUCCCUCAAAACCCAGAAGAAAGUAGAGCUUGUUCUUAAGCAACUAAGAAUAAUGAAAUCAUCAUAGAACAUAUCCAAACUCACCUUAACCCCAUGGGUUGGCCUUUGGCAGGUCAAUGUGUCCCUCUGGUCCUGGAAUGAUGGAUCUCCACUUACAAACAGCCUACUGCAGUGGAUGCUAUCUGAGCCCAGCGAUAUUGGGAUCUGUGGGUACUUAUCAGAGCUCAGUAUUCUGGGAUUGAAGGCUGCAUCCUGCCACAGUCCACUUAAUGGCAGCAUCUGUGAAAGGCCUAUAAAUCAUGGUACCAAGCAGUGCUGGGAAUCAUGUGCCUUGUGGACUACAUGCAGAGAGUGUUCGACCAAAUCCCAGGGCCUGUCGUGUGGCAACAUAAAGCAGUGUGUGGACUUCAGUGCCUAUGUGACCUCCUUCCCUUUCAGACAGUGUACUGAGGGGUAUUUGUUGGACAGUUGUCCCCCUGAAAAUUGUUCUGGGUACUACAUGUAUAGUUAUUGCUUAGAGCAGCCAGGUGGUGGCUGGUGUACUGAUCCAAACAAUACAGGUAAAGGAAAAUUCAUAGAGGGCUCCUACAGAAGACCAAUGAGCAUACCUUCCCAGUCCUCUACAGGAACUGUCUAUCCACAGCCUCUUCUGAAUUCCUGCAUGUGUCUAGAGGGCAGCAGAUAUAACUGGUCUUUCAUUCAUACAGCUUGCCAGUGCAAUGGCCACAGCAAGUGUAUCAACCAGAGUGUUUGUGAGAAGUGUGAGAAUAUGACUGCUGGGAAGCACUGCAAGACCUGCAUAUCUGGCUACUAUGGAGAUCCCACUAAUGGAGGCAAAUGCCACCCAUGUAGCUGCGAUGGUCAUGCGUCACUGUGUACUCCCAACACGGGAAGAUGCUUUUGCACCAAGGGUGUCAAGGGGAACAUGUGCCAACUGUAUGACGUAGAAAAUCAGUACCAUGGAGACCCUCUCAAUGGAACAUGUUAUUAUACUCUUACUAUUGACUCUCAGUUCACUUUUAGCCUGAUCAAGGAAGAUGACUAUUAUUACACAGCCAUCAAUUUUGUGGCUACUUCUGAUGCACAAAACAAGGAUUGGGACAUGUUCAUCAAAGCCUCUAAAAACUUCAGCCUCAACAUCACCUGGGUUGCCAGCUUCUUAGCUGGAACUGAGGCUGGUGAAGAGUUGCCUAUUGUUUCAAAAACUGAGAUUAAGGAAUACAAAGAUAGCUUCUUCUCUAGAAAGUUUCAUUUUUACAGCCACCCAAAUAUCACUUUCUUUGUUUAUGUCAGUGGUUUUACCUGGCCCAUCAGAAUUCAGAUCACCUUCUCCCAGUCUUUUCUUGGAUCAUCUACGUUUUUGGCUUUUUUAAACUUUUGGGGUCUCUACUGA